AUGAGGCUAUUGACACACAACAUGCUCGCAUCGAACAUCAAAGGAGUCGCGAACGGAUUCCCGCUGAAGAUCGAAGUGGGCCAAGUGGUGGAGAAACAUGUGGACUUGAACCCGGAGUUCCUCAAGAACAUGUUCGCCAAGCUUGAUUACAAAGUCCUCGUUGAGGCUUCCAAAACCAUGGGCUACGCUGAUUUGCCUGAACAAGCUGAACCCUCCAUGUUGGAAUCCGAGGAUUUCCUCCGCAAGCUGAAUCAUGCCCUCCUUGAGCUUCAUCUUGAAGAGGGUGCUUUGGUCUGCCCGGAAACUGGCCGGAAAUUUCCUGUCAACAAAGGGAUCCCAAACAUGCUCCUCCACGAGGAUGAAGUCUGA